CGCGGGCAGUGCCAGGCCUGGGCCGCCCCGCCCCACCAGGAGCCGCGCUGGGGGCGGGGCUGGGCGGAGCCCGCUCCGGGUGCUGGCCGCAGCGCCCCGAAGUCCCGGCGCCGGGCCUGCUCGCGGCCGCGUGGGAGCAGUGGGGCUCGACGGCGCGGCCGCCAGGCCGCCAUGGCCGCUCACGGGAAGCUGCGGCGGGAGCGGGGGCUGCAGGCUGAGUAUGAGACGCAAGUCAAAGAGAUGCGCUGGCAGCUGAGCGAACAGCUGCGCUGCCUGGAGCUGCAGGGCGAGCUGCGGCGGGAGCUGCUGCAGGAGUUGGCAGAGUUCAUGCGGCGACGUGCCGAGGUGGAGCUGGAGUACUCCCGGGGCCUGGAAAAGCUGGCCGAGCGUUUCUCCAGCCGCGGAGGCCGCCUGGGGAGCAGCCGGGAGCACCAAAGCUUCAGGAAGGAGCCGUGCCUCCUGUCACCCUUUCACUGCUGGGCAGUGCUGCUGCAGCACACGCGGCAACAGAGCCGGGAGAGCGCGGCCCUCAGCGAGGUGCUGGCUGGGCCCCUGGCCCAGCGCCUGAGUCACAUUGCCGAGGACGUGGGGCGCCUGGUCAAGAAGAGCAGGGAUCUGGAGCAGCAGCUGCAGGACGAGCUCCUGGAGGUGGUCUCGGAGCUCCAGACGGCCAAGAAGACGUACCAGGUGUAUCACACAGAGAGCGUAAAUGCUGAAGCCAAGCUCCGGGAGGCCGAGCGGCAGGAGGAGAAGCGGGCAGGCCGGAGCGCACCCACUGCCACCACUGCUGCCACUGAGGCAGGGCCCCUCCGCAAGACCUCCCUCAAGAAGGGUGGGCGGCUGGUGGAGAAGCGGCAGGCCAAGUUCAUGGAACACAGACUCAAGUGCACAAAGGCACGCAACGAGUACCUGCUGAGCCUGGCCAGCGUCAAUGCCGCUGUCAGGAACUACUACCUGCAUGACGUCUUGGACCUCAUGGACUGCUGCGACACAGGGUUCCACUUGGCCCUAGGGCAGGUGCUGCGGAGCUACACGGCUGCUGAGAGCCGCGCCCAGGCCUCUCAAGUGCAGGGCCUGGGCAGCCUGGAAGAAGCCGUGGAGUCCCUGGAUCCUCCAGGAGACAAGGCCAAGGUGCUCGAGGUGCAUGCUAUCGCCUUCUGUCCCCCACUGCGCUUUGACUACCAGCCCCACGACGGGGAUGAGGUGGCUGAGCUCUGCGUUGAAAUGGAGCUGCGGGAUGAGAUUCUGCCCAGAGCCCAGAACAUCCAGAGCCGCUUGGACCGACAGACCAUCGAGACAGAGGAGGUGAACAAGACGCUGAAGGCGACGCUGCAGGCCCUGCUAGAGGUGGUGGCCUUGGACGACGGGGAUGUGCUCGACUCCUUCCAGACCAGCCCCUCCACUGAGUCCCUCAAGUCCACCAGCUCAGACCCAGGCAGCCGGCAGGCAGGCCGAAGGCGUGGCCAGCAGCAGGAGACUGAGACCUUCUAUAUCUCGAAGCUCCAGGAGUAUCUGAGUGGACGCAGCAUCCUUGCCAAGCUGCAGGCCAAGCACGAGAAGCUGCAGGAGGCCCUUCAGCGAGGUGACAAGGAGGAGCGGGAAAUGUGUUGGACCCAGUACACGCAGAGAAAAUUCCAGAAGAGCCGCCACCCCCGCCCCAGCUCCCAGUAUAACCAGAGACUAUUUGGGGGAGACAUGGAGAAGUUUAUCCAGAGCUCAGGCCAGUCUGUGCCCCUGGUGGUGGAGAGCUGCAUUCGCUUCAUUAACCUCAAUGGCCUGCAGCACGAAGGCAUCUUCCGGGUGUCGGGUCCCCAGCUUCGGGUCUCAGAGAUCCGUGAUGCCUUCGAGAGAGGGGAGGACCCGCUGGUGGAAGGCUGCAGUGCCCACGACCUGGAUUUGGUGGCUGGGGUGCUGAAGCUCUACUUCCGGAGCCUGGAGCCCCCACUCUUCCCCCCGGACCUGUUCAGCGAGUUGCUGGCUUCUUCGGAGCUGGAGGCCACAGCAGCGCGGGUGGAGCAUGUGAGCCACCUGCUGGGGCGGCUGCCAGCGCCAGUCCUGGUGGUUCUGCGCUACCUCUUCACCUUCCUCAACCACCUGGCCCAGUACAGCGAUGAGAACAUGAUGGACCCCUACAACCUGGCCGUGUGCUUUGGGCCCACGCUGCUGCCCGUGCCCGCUGGACAGGACCCGGUGACGCUGCAGGGCCGGGUGAACCAGCUGGUGCAGACACUCAUAAUGCAGCCCGAUCGGGUCUUCCCAUCCCUAACCGAGCUGCCUGGCCCAGUCUACGAGAAGUGCAUGGCACCACCUUCCGCCCGCUGCCUGGGGUACACCCUUGGUGCUGCCGAGGGGACUGGGGGGUCCACUGGAGAAGAGCCCCCCUCAUCCACCUCGCUCUACCCUGACCUCAGGGACGCCCCACUGGAGAGCCUGGGGCCAGACAAUGAGCCGGAGUUGGAAGCUGAGACACUGGCCCAGGAGGAUGACCUGGAGGGGGUUGUGGAGGCUGUGGCCUGCUUUGCCUACGCGGGCCGCACGGCCCAGGAGCUGAGCUUCCGGCGUGGGGAUGUGCUGCGGCUGCACGAGAGGGCAUCGAGCGACUGGUGGUGGGGAGAGCACGAGGGCGCACGGGGCCUCAUUCCCCACAAGUACAUCACGCUGCCUGCAGGGGCAGAGAAGCAGGGGGUGGGCGCAGGCGUGCAGACUGCAGGUGACUCGGAGAGCAGCCCCGAGGGCCUCCUGGCAUCAGAGCUGGGCUACCGGCCAGAGCCAUGCACCUCACCCGAGGCCGUGGGACCCCCUGGACACAGGCGACACUGCUUGGUCCCAGCCUGUCUGGAGCAACACGUGGAGGUGGAUAAGGCUGUGGCGCAGAACAUGGACUCUGUGUUUAAGGAGCUCUUGGGAAAGGCCUCUGCCCGCCAGUGCCUCGGGCCAGCACCUGUCACCUCUCCCAGCCCUGGGCCCCGAAGCCCAAAGGCCCCGGUCAGCAGCCGCCUGGGCAGGAACAAAGGCUUCUCCCGGGGCCCUGGGGCCCCAGCCUCACUCUCAGUUUCCCACCCCCAGGGCCUGGACCCCACCCCCAAGCCACACUGAGGUGCUGGGCCGGCCACUCUCCCCAGCCCCCUUGCUUCACUCCAGCCCUUUCCAGCAAGUGCCGAGAGGUGGGAUGAGGCCACUGUGUAGGGAUGCCCACCCCAUACCCUGCCUGCCCCGCAGCCCUGGCCCAGGCCCCUUUGGGAGGCAGCUGAGGAAGGAGGCUGGGGAAACCCUCCUCUGCAGCUUUGAGGAGGGCUUGGUCAGUGGCUGCUGGGUGGCGGGCGCCCUUGCUCAGAUGCCUGGCGGAACUGCGUUGUGAUUCAUAAAGACCUAUGUGUUGACUCCC